AUGUUGGGAGAAACGGAGCCGCACUGGUUGUCAGAGGAGGUGAAAACAGGGACAACCAUCAUUGCCAUCGAGUAUGACGGAGGGGUCGUGCUGGGCUCUGAUUCCAGAGUCUCUGCAGGGGAAUCAGUGGUAAACAGGGUGAUGAAUAAACUGUCUCCACUCCAUGAUAAGAUCUACUGUGCUCUGUCAGGAUCUGCAGCAGAUGCUCAGACCAUCGCUGAGACAGUCAACUACCAGCUGGAUGUCCACAGUACUGAAAUAGGUGAGGACCCGCAGGUUCGCUCAGCUGCCACUCUGGUCAGAAACAUCUCAUACAAAUACAAAGAGGAGCUGUCAGCACAUCUUAUUGUAGCCGGCUGGGACAGAAGAGCUGGAGGGCAGGUUUUUGCGACCCUGAACGGGCUCCUGACCAGGCAGCCGUUUGCUGUUGGAGGCUCCGGCAGUUUUUAUGUUUAUGGCUUUGUUGAUGCUGAAUAUCGCAAAGGAAUGAGCAAAGAGGAGUGCCAACAGUUUGUGGUCAACACUCUCUCUUUGGCAAUGAACCGGGACGGCUCCAGUGGUGGUGUGGCCUAUUUGGUCACCAUCGAUGAACACAGCACAGAAGAGAAAGUCAUCCUGGGAAAUGACUUACCGACCUUCUUUGAUCAGUGA